UUUGGCAAAGUACAAGUGGACAACCUGUAAGAGAAGGACAGCUCCUGAUCUUUGUUCAAUUUAUGUAUUCAAGAACAAAUUUGCUACGAAAGCAUUAGAAUCAGAAUUGACUGAUCAAUUGUUAAUUUGCCUUCUUCUUUUUCCAUCCAUUUGUCAAGAAGGGCUUAGUGCAAUUUUUGGAGGCCCGUUCCUGAUUGCUAAGUGGUGUUGCAUGCAGAGAAAAUAAAUUUUUCACGAUUGCCAGUGCUUUGGGUAGGCAGCCCAAAUUGUAAGAUCAUAAACCAAGCUCAAGUUGUACAUCUUUAAGUCAAGCGACUGACGGUUUAACUCAUCAACAGCUUGAACUUUUGUUGCUGACUUGCAGCACCUUUUUCCGGCCCUCAGAUGGGAGAUCCAAGCUCUGUACAUACAGUGGAUGAAGCCCUUUCGACUAUUGGUUUCGGAAAUUUCCAGACGGUUUUGCUUCUUUAUGGUGCACUUGGAUGGGUUGCAGAAGCAAUGGAAUUGAUGAUUCUCUCCUUCAUUGGACCUGUACUUCAGUCUGAAUGGGGACUCUCUUCUAGUAAAGAAAGCCUCAUAUCAACAGUUGUUUUUGCUGGCAUGUUGAUUGGCGCAUAUUUGUGGGGUCAUAUAUCAGACAACUGGGGAAGAAAGAAGGGAUUUCUUGGGGCAGCUAUACUUAGUGCCGGUGCUGGACUGUUGAGCGCUUUCUCACCAAAUUACAUAACAUUCGUCACUUGUCGAUUUUUUGCUGGGAUUGGUUUAGCAGCUGGAUACUUAUUUACAUCAUGGUUCUUAGAGUUUGUCCCUACUUCAAACAGAGGUUCUUGGAUGAUGAUUUUCUCAAGUUUCUGGACAGUUGGAACAAUAUUUGAAGCUUCUCUUGCAUGGUUUGUCUUGCCAAGAUGGGGAUGGAGGUUGCUACUUGUGCUGUCUUCUGUGCCAUAUUUUCUUGUGCUUCUGUUUUACAAAUGUGUACCCGAGUCUCCACGGUAUCUAAGUGCAAAAGGUAGACUGAAAGAAGCACAUGAAAUUUUGGAGAAAGCAGCACAGCUUAACCGAAUGAAACUUCCCUCUGAUACCCUUGUUUCUGAUCAAGUACAGAACUUGGAUGAAGGAUUGUCUCUUGUGGAAGAGACACAGUUGCUUUCCUCUUCGCAGAACGAACUACUUGAACCUAGAAAUAGAUGCCGGCCGCCAACCCUACUUUCACUCUUUUCACAAAAAUAUAUCAGAACAACUCUUCUACUGUGGUUUUUAUAUUUUGCAAACACAUUCUCAUAUUAUGGCGUUAUAUUGCUGACUUCUCAGCUCAGCUCCAUGACAAAUAAAUGCGGAUCAAUCACCUUCCUUUCAGUGGGAAGCCAGGAUUCUCGCCUUUAUAUAAAUGUCUUUCUUACAAGUUUGGCAGAGGUUCCUGGACUUGUUUUAGCAGCAUUUAUAGUGGACAGAGUCGGUCGCAAAGUCUCCAUGGUGAUCAUGUUUACUCUAGGUUUCAUACUCCUAUUUCCACUAGUAGCCCAACAAAAUGGAGUAUUGACUACAGCUUUGUUGUUUGGAGCACGCAUGUUUGUUUCAGCUACCUUUGAAGUUGCUUGUGUUUAUGCCCCGGAGGUAUAUCCUACUGAUAUCAGAGCAAGUGCCGUCGGGCUUACAACUUCUAUGGGAAGAAUUGGUGGCAUGCUAUGCCCUCUUGUUGCCGUUGCGUUGGUCAGUGAUUGCCAUCAAACAGCAGCAGUUUUUCUGAUCUUGGCAAUGAUAUUUCUUUCAGCACUCUCUGUCGCAUUUUUGCCAUUUGAAACAGGGGGAAGAGACUUGUCUGAGUCCGUGCAUCAGCCCGUAGUUGAAUAGAUGGCCGAACUCUUUAAGAAUGUGUGGUGUUGUAGCCUCAAUAAAUUUUCAUUUGGGCAAAAUAUGUUUUUCUUAGUUGCCAUCAGUAAGUCCCUGUUGUCUGUUAUCUCCCUGUGCUCCUAUUACUUCAGACUUGAAAGUAGUUUAGGAUUUUGGAUCCCUGUUUGUUCUCGUCUUUCUAUACUACCAUAACGUUGAGACUUGAAAGCAGUUCAGAAUUCAUACG